UUGUGUUGCUGUCUCAUUAUCUGUGUCUUGUCUUGCUGUGUUCGUCGACUGGUUACCCGUUCGUUCUGAAAGAAAAGUACGGAGACGCGUACGAAACAUAUUUUGCUACAUUUAGUAAUAAAAAUGCUGUUUAGUGAAAUAUCGUAGUGAACUAGAGCGUGAAAGACGUUCACAAAGUAGUAUGCAGUGUAUUUUUAAGUCAUAACACUGCAUAUACUUGUACAAAUUUCUUCGACAAUGAGAAUAAUUAAGUAGGUCUGUAGUUUACCUUCCAGUCUUUGUCUCUGAUCUUUUUAGUGCAAAGUGUUUACCAAGCAUGGGUUUACUUAUAUCAAAGAUCUGGAGUUUGUUCGGGAAUGAGGAACACAAACUAGUCCUGGUGGGCUUAGACAAUGCUGGUAAGACCACAAUACUGUACCAGCUGUUGUUGGGAGAAGCGGUUCACACACGGCCAACAAUUGGCUCCAAUGUCGAGGAGGUGGUCUGGAGGAACCUGCGCUUCGUGAUGUGGGACCUCGGAGGCCAACAGAGCUUGAGAUCAGCCUGGAACACUUACUAUACCAAUAGUGAGUUCGUGAUAAUGGUUAUUGACUCGACGGAUCGUCAGCGGCUGAACAUAAGUCGCGAGGAGUUGCAUCAGAUGUUGAAACACGAGGAGCUAAGUCGAGCCUGCCUUCUUGUCUACGCGAAUAAACAGGAUGUGAAAGGAUCGAUGACAGCAGCGGAGAUAUCAGAACAAUUGGACCUGACGUCCAUAAAGCAGCACCCCUGGCACAUACAGGCCUGCUGCGCGCUCACCGGCGAAGGAUGACAAUACUCAAAGACUCUUUAAUGGGAAAAGAUGGAUGAUGCCGAUGAUGCUGUGUUGUGUCUGGACUGUACGUGAAAUCAAACAUAGCCGUCGGAUGUCAAUCAAUAUGAACCCGAUGCCAGAUCUACAGAGAUAUAAGAUGUUCACAUAAGCAACUAGCGGACCCUACAUAACUACAAUUUUUAUUUUUAUUACUUUUAUUUUGUAAAUUUGAAGCGUUCAGGUUACCACCCCAACUCGUAUGAAUUUCCAUUCAACUUGAUCCAGCCGUUCAGGAAGAGUUUUGUUUUAGUUACACUCGUACAGUAUAAUGUUAAAGGUAUUUAAAGAUGUAAAUUAAAGCUGUUUUAGACAACUCUUAAUGCACUCAUUCAUCAUUACACCAGCCUAUUGCUAAUAAGGUUCGAGGGGUGAAUAAUUAUUUCAUAAUAUAAAGCUUUAUUCACUCAUAUAUCGGGAUUGAUAUAAUUGUCAAUUAUGAUCACAUAAUAAUCACUUACCAUAAUUGCUACUGUACUAACGUUUACAAAAUUUGUCAAAAUGCACAUGCUCAAUGUAGAUAAAUCAAAAAUAUGAUUUAUGAACCUGUUCAAUUCAUGCAAGUGUUAUCGAAUAGCCUUGCUUUUAUUAAAGCUAAGUAACUGUAAUGUUGUGAAAUUAAUUGAUGAAGGUUUCGUUUUUUUUUUUCUAGCCUCGAAGGUCCCGCCAAAAUAGUUCUAAAGCUCUAUCCCGUGCUACUAAUGUAUUCUGAUUGUUUUUUCCAGAGUACUUACAAGUUACUUACAAUCAUAGCGUAUAAAUGGAAUAUUUAAGAGCGAGAAAAGUCCUUUUUCAGCAAUAUAUUACCACCAGUUUGCCAAGCCAAUUUGAACUAUAAAUGAAAGAAAGUGGCAAUUGUAAUAAGUGAUUACAGGGCACCUGAAUACAGCUGACUCUUGCCACGAUCAAAGCACUCGUGUGGAAGGGGAAAAUACUCGACUGAUUAUAGAAAAUUGUUUCAAAUUAGACAUCCAAUUACCUAUAGAACGAGAACGUGUCUAAAAAUAAACUGAAUUGAUUACUAACAUAAAUGAAAAAGUAUUACAGGAGCUGUAGGUUGUCAGUGAAUUCAUGUUUAUUUAAUUUAGUUAUGAAGUUAUUCUAUUGUUUAACUAAAUCCAUUUUUAUCGAUGUAUGUAUAGAAAGCCCUUGAACAAAAAAACUAAGAUAUUGCCAACAUAAUGAAGUCUACGAAAAGGAUGGAAGGUAUAAAUCGUUUAUUAUUUCAUUGAUUUCUAAAGAAAAAUAAACUUUAAAGAAAACAAAAUGUCAACGUAAGUUCAUAUAAAAUAACGAUGCUCAUGUGUCGCAAUGCACUCAGUUUUCAGACGAAUUGUCACCAACUCUAUUAAACUUAUUGCAAUGUUCUCCCUCGCGUAUACGGGUUUCCCUGUUAAAGUAAUUACAAGUGUCGUAAUCGCAAUCCAGUCUCGUGCCGACACUGUGGAUAUAGAUUCGUAUUUCAUUUAUUUUAAAAUAGAAGUAACGAACGCGUCUCAAAAUGGAUUGGAAAAUAAAUGUAAAUGUAAUGUGAAAUGUAUUUGUUGGUUGUGUGGUACGUUAUUUCUUAUUCAUCUAGAUAUACACUCCUACUGUUGAGCAUGACAUUUUUAUUGCCUAUGUUAUGAAAAUUCCACCUGAAACAUUUGUAUUUUGUCCAUUUUAGUACCAGACGGCUGACCCUCAUACAUCAACUUGUUCAUAACCCAAUAAAAACUGUAAAUUUCAUAAAGAUACUUUUUUCCAGUCUAAAAACAUGUAUAUUAGUUUAAACCAUGUACAUUUAAGUAAUAAACUGUAACAUAAAAUAGAAAAUUUCAAAUCAA